AUGAAGCUUGGAACAGCCCUCGCGUUGAGUACAACAGCCUCAACAUAUGUAUUAGCAACGGUAAUUCCGCUGCAGGCACCACUGACGAAUCAGCAAAUUUAUCAUAGUCAAGAGAAGUAUUUGAUCGAGCUAGCUCCCUAUCAAACUAGAUGGGUGACGGAAGAAGAAAAAUGGGUACUGAAAUUGGAUGGGGUGAAUUUUAUCGAUGUGACUGCAGAGCAAGAUGCCGGAGUAUAUCCGACAAUACACUCAACUAGCUCUGUGCAUUAUCCCUCGAAGAUGGAACACAAAGAGGAAGUGACUACGCUCAUCAACAAUCUGUCUAAAACCAACAUGGAGCAAGACCUAGAAAAAUUCACAUCAUUCUAUACUCGCUACUAUAAAUCCAAGACGGGUGUUGAGUCGGCAACAUGGCUUUACAACCGGGUUUUAGAAGUAAUCGAAAAUUCCGGGGCGGCGAAACACGGUGCGACCGUUAAUCGGUUUGAUCACCCGUGGGGCCAAUUCAGUAUCAUCGCUCGAAUCCCCGGUCAGACAAACAGGACGAUUGUGCUGGGUGCUCACCAGGAUAGCAUCAAUCUGUUCCUUCCUUCAAUUCUGCCCGCGCCAGGUGCCGAUGACGAUGGCAGUGGAGCCGUCACUAUUCUUGAAGCUUUACGUGGCCUGUUGGAAUCAGAUAUUGUUGCUCAAGGCAAUGCGCUGAACACAAUCGAGUUCCAUUGGUAUUCAGCAGAGGAGGGUGGCAUGCUGGGUUCCCAAGCCGUCUUUGCCAAAUACAAGAAGGAUAGACAGGAUGUGAAGGCCAUGCUUCAGCAGGACAUGACCGGCUAUACCCUGGGGGCUCUUCAAGCUGGCCGCCAGGAGGCCGUGGGGAUAAUGAUCGACUAUGUUGAUCGAGGUCUAACUCAAUUCGUCAAAGAUACUGUCACAAGCUAUUGCAACAUUGGCUUCAUUGACACUAAAUGUGGCUAUGCUUGUUCUGACCACACGUCCGCGAGUAAAUAUGGCUACCCAGCGGCCAUGGCGACCGAGUCGGAAAUGGAAAAUAGCAAUAAGAAAAUCCACACAACUGAUGACAAGAUCAAAUAUUUGAGCUUUGAUCAUAUGCUACAGCAUACGAAGCUUACAGUUGGAUUCGCUUAUGAGCUGGCAUUCGCUCCGUUUUGA